AUGGACAACCCUUGGACUAUCAAUGACGAGACCAAGAACGGGGUCUUGACCUACGUGAACCUGCUCUUGAAUCCAGAGAAGUAUACUAGAUACAAAGGGGAGUCUGCUUGUCGGAUUUGGGAGACCAUUUAUUUUCAAAAUUGUUCCGAGAAUGGGGAAAAGAACUUGUGCACCGAGAGACGUGUUUUACAGAACCUCUACUCCACGUACCUCUUCGUUUUGAGAGACCUGCUGAAGGCCGAGAAAUACUUGUCCGAAGCUAAGUACUCUACCAGCAACGACGCCAAAGAUCAUCAUACUCACAAGUUGAUGGUAGCAUUAGUUGGCAGCGAGCGACUCCCCAUUGCGUGUCCCAUCUCUUUCGAUGAGGCCAAAAUGUGGCGAGGACCAGAUGCCGAUGAUUUGAAGCAACAGUUGCAGAAGAAUUUUCGUAACAUAAUUGCGUUGACGGAUUGCGUCGACUGCGAGAAGGCCGGCUCUGGGGCAAGCUCCAAAUCUCAGGUCUAG